GGAAGUAGUAGCUAAAUAACUGUUCUGCUCGCUGGCAAACAACUAGUGGCAGGCAGCUUAUUGUUACAAUAUAGCGAAAUAAGGUUAGCUAUAAUCAACAGUCGUUUAAUAACAACAAUUCUUAUUUUGUUAGAGUAUGGCUAGCACAAGGAUUUCGGAGCAAUUGCCUCCGCAUUUUGACCCGACUCAAGCACCUGUUGCAUUCGGCAACCGAGCCCUUCCGCGGCUCUCUCUGGAACUGCAAGAUCCACAGCUGUGCAUACGACAGAGAGCUCUUGCAGCCCUCUGCGACCUGGUUCAUGACCCAAAGAGGGCAUAUGAGGCUAUUCACAAAGGUUGUUUGGAGAGGCUGAAGGUCCUGCUGCAAGACAGAGACAGCUCAGUGAGAAUCAAAACUACAGAAGUAUUUUACCUACUAGCUGCCCAUAAUGUGGGGAGAGAAGCCUUCCUCACGUGGGAUGUGGUGGCUCCACUGUCUGAUCUUCUAGACGAGCCAGUUGAUGCCUGUCGUAAAAACAUGCACCGUGCACUGAAGAUGGUGGCUGAGUUUCCUGCAGGUGCAGUGUGUAUCGUAACUUUGGGCCUGGUUCCCCGGCUGGUGAUGAAGCUGCCUGUUGAGCAGGAGGAGAUCCGGGCCCUUAUCCUGGCCACUCUCAGCUACUGUGUGAGGGUGGAUGCCCUGCCGGCCCUGGCCAGUGACGGAGUUCCCAUGCUGCGAAACCAGCUCUCUCACCCCUCCCCUGACAUCCGCCGGGCCGCAGCCUCCGCCAUGAUGGGCAUCAGUGUUCCAUCAGAAGGAAAGCACAAGGUAUGUGAGGAGGGAGUUCUCCCAAUCCUGGUGAAGCUGCUAUCAGACUGUGACCCAGGAGUGACUGCCAGUGCUGCUGGGACUAUUAUGAACACAGCUAUUAUCACUGAAGGGAAGUACCAGGCCUUAAAGGCAGGUGCCAUUCCCCCCUUGUUGGAGCUGGUGGGCAGUGAGGACAGAGCUGUGUGUGCUAACGCGCUGCGUGCCCUCACCACCCUGGCUGAAGCCCCAUGCGCUCGGGAACAGCUACUGGAACACCUGCCACUAUUAAAGACAAGACUCAAUCACCCAGCUUCCAUCAUCUGCCGAGCAGCAGCCACUGCCAUCCGCGUGAUCUCCUGGACCCCCUGAGAGAAAGAGAGAGCAAGGGAAGAAGAGACAAAUACCUCUCAUUAUCUGAUUCUCCCUCGCCCCUCCCCCUAUUCUCUCUCCCUCACACACAUUGACACACACAGGCACACAUGUGCUCUCCCAGACACACCACACACACAGUCCUUCUUCUACUACAGACACUCACACUUCCUUAAUGUAAAUGUAUGCUGGUGUACAUUUACCAGACUAGUAGACCCACCACUUAUUCAUCAUGUCUGUGUCAUCUAUUCUAUUAAUGUGAUUAAAACUGAGCACAGUGGCAAGUUUCAGCUCCUCUGUAUAUAGAGGUUCCCCAACUGAUGGUCCGUGGGUGAUUUUAUUUGGCCCCACAAGUUCUGGCUCUCAGUUCACCCUGGACUCUACAAGUUGUCAAAAGUGUUCCACAGGGAUUCUGGCCCAUGUUGACUCCAAUGCUUCCCACAAUUGUGUCAAGUUGUUCUUUGGGUGGUGGACCAUUCUUGAUACACACUGGAAACUGUAGAGAAAAAACCCAUCAGCGUUGCAGUUCUUGACACAAACCGGUGAGCCUGGCACCUACUACCAUACCCCGUUCAAAGGCACUUAAAUAGUUUUGCCUUGCCCAUUCACCCUCUGAAUGGCACACAUACACAAUCUAUGUCUCAAUAUUCUCAAGGUUUAAAAAUCCUUCUUUAACCUGUCUCCUCCUUUUCAUCUACAUGAAUUGAAGUGAAUUUAACAAGUGACACGUAAGUGCCUUGCAAAUGUAUUCAUCCCCCUUGGCAUUUUUCCCAUUUUGUUGCAUUACAACCUGUAAUUUAAAUUGAUUUUUAUUUGGAAUUCAUGUAAUGGACAUACACAAAAUAGUCCAUUAAUGCAAAUUAAUGACUUAAAAAUCAUACAAUAUGAUUUUCUGGAUUUUUGUUUUAAAUUCCGUCUCUCACAGUUGAACUGUACCUAUGAUAAAAAUGACAGAAUCACAGUUGAACAUGCUUUGUAAGUAGGAAAACCUGCAAAAAUCGGCAGUGUAUCAAAUACUUGUUCUCCCCACUGUAUAUGGAUGGAAUUAAUCGAACAAAAGGACCAAUUGUGAUGUUUAUGGUACAUUGGAGUGUCAACAAAAGAAGCUCGUCAAAGAUAAGGCAUGUUUUAUAUUUUAUUUUGGCAUUAUGUGUAGCACCUGCAGAGUAGAAAUAUGCUACCCUCUUUGUUUACUGUUGUGCUAUCAUCAGAUAAUAGCUUCUUAUUCUUUCGCCGAAAAGCCUUUUUCAAAUCUGACAUGUUGGCUGUAUUCACAACGAGUGUAGCUUUAAUUUAGUAUCCUACAUGUGUGAUUUAAUGAAAGUUAGAUUUUUAUAUAAUUUUAUUUGAAUUUGCCGCGCUGCAUUUUCCCUGGCUUUUGGCCAAGUGGGACGCAAGCGUCCCCUAUACCAUAAGAAGUUAAAUAAAAAAAUAAGCAAACACCUUCUUCCAAAAUAUGGAAGAAGGUACUCUGGUCAGAUUGGUAAAAUUGAGCUUUUUGGCCAUCAAGGAAAAUGCUAUGUCUGGCGCAAACCCAACACCUCUCAUCACCCCGAGAACACCAUCCCCACGGUGAAGCAUGGUGGCAGCAUCAUGCAGUGGCUAGAUGUGCCAAGCUUAUAGAGACAUGCCCCAAGAGACUUGCAGCUGUAAUUGCUGCAAAAGGUAGCUCUGUACAAAGUAUUGACUUUGGCCAGAGUGAAUAGUUAUUGCAGGCUCAAGUUCUGUUUUUUUUGUCUAAUUUCUUGUUUGUUUCACAAUAAAAGAUAUUUUGCAUUUUCAAAGUGGUAAUGUGUAAAUCAAAUGAUACAAACAUCUCAAAAAUCAAUUUUAGGUAGAUUUCCAGGUUGUAAGGCAACCAAAUAGGAAAAAUACCAAGGGGAGUGAAUACUUUUGCAAGCCACUGUAUAAGGGAACGUAGCUUUUACCUGGAUUCACCUGGUCAGUCUGCCAUGGAAAGAGGUGUUCAUAAUGUUUUGUACACUCUGUGGAUGUGAUCAUAUACAAAUGUAAGCAAGGUUUGAAAUGAUCAUGUUUUAGUCUAAUAUUAUAUAAUUUUGUCGUCUACAAUUUUUUUGAAAUUAUGUUCCGGCACCCUGUCCAUCCACUCAAAAAAAAAUCAGUCAUGGCACCCUUUCGUUACACAACAUCCUCUGUUCCAUCCAUACUGCACAACAUGACAGCCAGCCAGGGUUAUGAUAAUCAUACAACUGCAUGUAUCAGCGAAGGCAGAAACAGAUGUUGGCCUACUAAUUACUAGCCUACAUUCACCUGUACAUCUGUAAAUGUAUUGUGAGGGGCUUUGAAUAAGAAUUGCGUUUUGAUAAAUAAACAAGUUGUAGAUGUGACAAGUGCUUGGCCACUCAACAGUUUAA